GACCAUUUUUAGCUCAGUAAGAUCAGUGACAAGAAGACACCAAGAGAAAUCGAGGAUUGAGAUCCCUCGAAAUACCAUCUGCAUCCCACCCUCUCCCCUUCACACUGAACCAUCUAUUUGAAGGAUUGGGAGAAAUAAAGGGAUUAUAAAACAUGAGUGAAGCAACAGCUGAAGAACCAAAGCCCAAAACACCAGGGGCUGAAGCAAGUGCUUCAAGUGAAGUAGAACGGAAAGUACUGGCUACUAAAGUCCAGGGAACUGUGAAAUGGUUCAAUGUGAGAAACGGCUAUGGGUUCAUUAACAGGAAUGACACCAAAGAAGAUGUCUUUGUCCACCAGACCGCAAUAAAGAAAAACAAUCCUCGCAAGUACCUACGGAGUGUAGGGGAUGGAGAGGUGGUGGAAUUUGAUGUUGUUGCUGGAGAAAAGGGGGCUGAGGCAUCUAAUGUGACUGGCCCAAAAGGAUCACCAGUACAAGGCAGUCGCUAUGCGGCAGAUCGACGCAGAUACCGCCGUGGUUACUAUGGGCGGAGAAGAGGUCCCCCAAGGGAGGGAGGAGAUGGUGAGAUAAAAGAUGGUUUCCCAGAAAUGAGUCAGACCCAGCAAAUCAAUCGUCAGCCUGCUGGCUACCGUCCAAGAUAUCAUCGACCCAUAACUCAACCAAGAUCUGUUCCACCAACUGGUGAAAAUGAAAACAAGGAGAAUCAGGCUGAGAUGGCAGCCCCUGACCAGCAACAACAAAAUCGCCGUGGAUUCCGCAGACCGUACAACUAUCGGCGUAGACCUAACCAAGGAAAUGCUCCAGUGCAGGGGACUAAAGAGUCAACCAAGAUGAGUGAAACCCCAGCUGAGAAGCCUGUGCCAGCGAGUGAGAAAAGCAACGCUGCGUAAUUGGAGAGGCCCGGCCGUCCAUCAUGUGCAAAAUGAUCGCUGAGAAGAGACAGACAGACAAGAGGCCUCACUUCUAUACGUCAAUGAGCUACAAUUGCCAAACAUUCAGGAGGGAAACAUCCUGCCUUUUCGCUAUUAGGAUAGCAUGCUGCUGAUAUGCUCACAACGAAUGGGAUUCAGUCACUUACUAGCGAAGGGGAUACUAUCUAUUAACAAAUGACUUUGAUCCUUUGAUGCCAAAGAACCAAUGGGGGAAGUGGAAUAGGGUAUCUAUGAUUAGCAUAUAUUAUGUUUAUAUUCUAAUAAAUAGAAUACAUGCUGGUUUGUAUGAACGUGUGUUGACCUUCCCAUCUCAGUGGAUUCCCCAUGCAUCAAAGCCUCAAACUAAACAAAAUCAACGGUUCAUGUCAAUGUUCCUAUGGCCAACAGGCUAUAAAAUACAAGAUAUUGCUAUGAACUAUGUUACUCGCUUCACAGUAAGUACAGUAACAUGUUGCUUUUCCCAGUCUACACCUGCAUGAUUCAACCAAAAACCAAUCCAACCCCGCCCCUCCUAGCUGUUGCAAUACAUAUGACAUCAUGACUUGACAUCAUGGCUUGUA